AUGGGUUUCGAAUACUCGGCAAAGAACCUACCCAAGCAGCUCUUCAUCAACAAUGAAUAUGUUGAUGCUAAGUCAUCCAAGAAACUCACUCUUCACAACCCAAAGAACGGAGAGCUAUUGGCCGACGAUGUACCAUCAGCAGGGGAGCAGGAUGUAGACAUUGCAGUUGACGCAGCAGAGAAGGCGUUUCCAGCUUGGAAGAAGAUGAGCGCCAACCAACGAAGAGGCAUCAUGAACAAGUUUGCGGAUCUCAUUGAGAAGCAUGCAAACGAUAUUGCACAGCUGACAAGAAUCUCUCUGGGCCAACCAUCGGCUUUUGGGGCAUUCGAGAUUGGGUUGUGUGCUGAGUGCAAAAAGACUUUCAGAUAUAAUGCCGGGUUCAUCGACAAGUUUGGCGGGGAGUCAUGGCCCCAAGAAGACGGCUUCCUCAAGAUCGUGCGCAACGAGCCUCUGGGUGUAACAGCAGGUAUCGUCCCUUGGAACGGACCUAUCGGCACCAUUGGUCUCAAAGCUGCACCUGCUCUAGCAACCGGCAACUGCUUCAUUCUCAAACCCUCAGAAAAGACACCCUUCUCAUCACUAGCCCUCGGUACCCUCAUCAAAGAAGCCGGCUUCCCACCCGGAGUCUUCCAGAUCCUCAGUGGCGACGGCAGCACCGGCGCCCUACUCGCAAGCCACAUGCGAAUCCGCAAAGUGAGCUUUACAGGGAGUAUCACCACAGGAAAGAAGAUCCAAGAAAUGGCCGCAAAAUCAAACCUCAAGCGCGUCACCCUGGAGCUAGGUGGCAAGUCACCCGCCGUCGUCUUCGACGAUGCUAACCUCGACAACGCCGUUACCUGGACGGCCAACGCCAUCACUGCAAACACAGGCCAGGUGUGCUUCGCUGCUAGCCGUGUCUACGUCCAGGAAGGUAUCUACGACCAGUUCAUCGAAAAGUACAAGACUGCCAUGAAGGAAAAGGCAAAGGAAAUUGGUGACCCAGACGAACAGACUACUACCAUUGGUCCGCUCGUCGACGAAGCACAAUUCAAGCGCGUCCAGGGCUUCAUUGAGCGCGGCCAGCAAGGCCAAGGUACCCUCGCCAUAGGAGGCAAACGCAUCGGCACCAGUGGGUACUACAUCGAGCCGACCGUCUUCACAGAUGUAGACCCCGCGUCUGAAAUCCAUUGCGAAGAAAUCUUUGGUCCGGUCUCGGUUGUCAAGUCUUUCAAGACGGAAGAGGAAAUUGUCAAGGUGGCUAACAAUACAAACUUUGGGCUCAUGGCCGGUGUCUUCACACAGGAUAUCAACAAGGCGCUACGGGUGGCAUCGGACUUUGACUCGGGUAUGGUGGGCAUCAACUGUGUGAGUAUGAUGUUUACCACGACGCCGUUUGGUGGGUCAAAGGAGUCGGGUUUGGGCAGGGAAUGUGGUGUUCAUGCGCUUAGGGCGUUUACGGAAACGAAGACGAUUAUGAUCAAUAUGACCUACUAG